AUGGAAGCCACCGCCGCCGCCUCCCUUGCGCGGACCCUCGCCUCCUCGCCGCUCCCCCGCGGCACCCGCCGUAGCCGCGUGCGCGUGGCCGUGGCGCCGGAGCGGCGGAGGAGGGGUAGGGCAGUGCUCGCCGCGGCGGCCUCGACGGGCAACUACGUGGUGCCGCUGGACACCGCGCCGUCGGGGAUCACGCGCCCGCUCGUCGAGAUCCUGCGCAUGGCCGUGGCGCCGGAGCGGCAGAGGAGGGGUAGGGCUUCUCCGGCAAGGAGGAGGAGAGCGAGCUGGUGCCGUCCUCCCUCGCGCCCAUCGUCCCCAUCCUCAGUAUGGCGAGCUGGUGCUCCAGAGUUGGUAGCAGCAGUAUCCGUCGCCCGCCUCUCCUCUGGGAAGACGACCAAGGUUAAGACCUCACUGUCUGCUUGA